UGUGAUAAUAAUCCAAUUGACAAUCGUUGGUUUAUCUUACCAAAGUAAACAAUUCUAAAAUUACUAUUAAUUUCUCAUUACUGUUGCUAUAUUAUAGGUGCAUAUAGUGCUCGAUUAUCACGAUGUAAACGGUCAGUAUGUGUUUUAACGGCAGAACAAGAAGAAGGACCUUUCUACUGGACAACAACAACCAAGCGUCAAAAUAUAACUGAAAACAAAAAAGGUGUACCACUUCGCCUAGUCAUCACUAUCAUCGAUACAAACAAUUGUUCAGCUAUCAAAAAUGCUGAUGUUGAACUGUGGUUAUGUGAUGCUGGUGGACUCUAUUCUCAUUAUCUUUCGGGAAGUCGAGAUAAAACAGAUUCUUCGACUUUUCUUCGUGGCUAUCAGUUGACAGGUCCAAGUGGAAAAGUGAAAUUUGAUUUGAUAUUUCCAGGAUGGUACAGCGGCCGUGCAAUGCAUAUUCAUCUUAAAGUUCAUUUUGGUGGUACUUCAACGACUCGUUACACUGGUGGACAUGUAGCACAUACAGGUCAGAUAUUUUUUCCAGAUCAAAUCUCGCAUACUAUUGCUAACACAUCACCGUACAAAUCCAACACUGUGGCACGUACACUUAAUGCAAAUGAUAGGGUUUAUACUAAUCAAAAGGGAUCGACUUCAAAAGCCGUAGUUACAUAUGUCAAAGGAUCAUCUCUAUCAUAUGGUCUUAAAGCAACUAUCACACUUGGUGUGAAUUCGCUUGCAACGCCUUCAGCGGUAGGAAAAAAGAAAAGAUAA